AACUUGGGUAAGUAAUGAUAUUCAGAAAAGAGAAAUGUUUCCGAAGUUUUGACAAACUGCUUAUGAAGGCUUUGACAAGACAAUCUCUUUGAGUAUGUGUCUUUUCUGUGUGUCCACCAUCCGUAGCUGUGAUAUGAAAUCAGUUAGCUGUUUAAGUAACGUGGCUGCCUAUAACCAAUGGCCAAACCUCGGAGCAGCAGACACACUGGAAGCAUGCUGACAGAGCUAAAUACUGUGGCUGUACAAAUCAACGUGGCUGAAGUAUCCCGUCCAAAUCAUUAUUGAUUUCUCAGUCUUUUCUCAGUUUCAAAGCAUGCUACGACUUCUCGCUCUCACCUUGUUUUAUACUUGCAUGGUCUUGAGACUGACUGUAAGAGUGCUGGAAACCCAGCCUAGUUCUGCAAGCCAAAGAGAACUGCACUCUAAUUGAACACUUGAACCUUUAAAGGUCACUGUUACUUUCCCAGCUCGUAAGAGAAAUCAAAUCUAUCUGCAUCAAAAGUCCUUCAGUCAUAAAUUAAAAUUUAUUCUUAAAUUAAUCUCAGCUGAUGGCUGGUAAUCUUGAUUUGAAAAAGAAAAAAUUCUGAUGAAACUACAAGUGUGCAAAUCAUGAAGGAGCUGCACCGGGAGAGUUGUGGAGUCUUGUGCCGUACGUCCUGGGGUGUCUAAGCAGAUAAUAUGGACUUAGUUCUUCAUAAGGGCUUAGUCUAUUUUUGCACACGUACAUAAAAGCUUGUGCAAAUUUAGAAACUGAGAAAACAUGGCCCUAAACUGCUUAGUCCUCUGCUUUGAGCCAUGUAUUGGUGUCUCCGAGGUCCCCCUCCUUUCUCCAUUUUAUAUAGAAGAAUCUUACUAAGUGGACUCUCAUCUAAACACGUUACCUACAGAAUAACUGUGUGAGUGCCGUUUCCCUCGCUGGUGAUGCCCUGGCCUCUUUCCUGUAGGCAGUGUAUGUGGAGAGCAAAGGAUCCCAGCGAAACACUCUCUCCUCUGCUGCUCUGUCCCCUUCUACUUGGUGUGUGCACGUGGCUGGGUGUGUGUGCCUGGGUGUGCAUGUAUGGUCCACUCAUGGUGUAACCAUUUUUAAACCUGCCAGAGGAAAUACAGUUCCUUUAGGGAGAUGAUCACUGAGUUAUACCACCGUGUCUGCAUGUGUAUGUGUGUGUGACUAUAAAACGAAACAAGCUUGGCAGACCAGACCUUUGAUGAAUACAUAGUGAGGAUGACUCUAGGUAUUGUUUUUGCUUCAUCACAACACAGGAAUAACUAGAAGUGCCAUAGGGCUUAAAGAGGUCUUCGUGUCUCGUGUUUUGUAAUAGCUGCUCGUAUUCAUUAGCCACAUCAGUGCUUAUCAGCACAUCAUUUUGCAGCUUAUCUCAGCCACUUCUUUAAAGUACGCUUGUAGAAAGAAAAGUGACUGCAGUACAUCUGGGUAAUAAAGUCUAAGCUCUUGCACAGUACUGUUUAUCAGAUGGUGUCCUUGCUUGGCCAACUUUCACUCAAGUAUGACUCAUGAGGUGUAUUUAGGAACACCUCACUUCAGGGACAUUUUGUGUUCAGUUUCUAGUCUAUGUUGGCUUGGAAAAAGGAAGCCUUCCAAUAAGUGGAGUGUCUUUUCAUGCAGUGUUUAAGGCUAGUUUGAGUUAUUUAUAAAGUGUUAGAAGGGUAGGUCUUUACCUCUUCUAAUGCCCCUGCAGAGCCAAAGAAAUUAUGGAUGAGCCAAUUGGCUUCUGUUUUCCUUCAGGUAUUAAAUAAUCAGUGACUGCAGGAGCUGUAGGGUGGUGGAAGGGAAGAAAGGAAAGCUGAACUAAUGCACGGAGGGCAAAGAAUGUGGGAUAGAGCCGUGUCAUUUUGUGGUCCUGUGUUUUGGUCCAUUUUAUGGACCCCUUUCUGAUCCACUUUUCUGCCUAUAGCAGCAGUUUUCAGUGUCUUUAUCUCAGUGCCAUGAUUCAUGCUGUGAAUCGGAGUGUUCAUGUCUGCCUGGCAGUCAGCAGGGAAUUUCUCUGCUAAAUUAAAAGGGGAGCAAGCAGGAGCCAUCCCUGCAUCUUUUGUUCUCUAGCAGGUCAUUCUGUUUAAAGAGUAGACUUCCUAAGUGCAGCUCUCCUAUUAUGUAGAAAGAUUUCUGUUAAUUUGAUCUUGCUAUUUAGGUUGGCCUUUUAAUUAACUGUUGGGGCCAGCGUAAUCGUCUGGAUUAAAUUUUGUUAUGGAUGUGUACACAGUUACCCAGGAAAGAGCUUACUGUGCAUGGAAUUUUCCCUUCUUUAGUCUAGUCAUUGUUCUUCAUGCCCACACCCUUUAAGAAAGGCAAUUUUCCUAUCUCAGCCUAAGCUGAAAGACACGGGUGUCCUCAGGUAUUUAUAAAAAUCUUACUCUUCUCUGUUCACCUUCUUCAGCAUGGACCUGAUCCAGCCUUCAGGUGAGAGUCCCCAUGCUCUGUUGUUGCUCUGGGUUUCUGCUUCCAUGCAGACCUCUUGUGUAAAGGACGUAGAGCUUGCGACGGCAGGACAGCCUGUAGGGAAAAGAAUAGUUUUUCACAUUGGGAAGAAGGUUCUUGUAUGCUGUGAGGUUUCAUCAAGCUUCAUCUCCGAGGAGGCACAGACUCUGUAUUCCAUAGGUGAAUGCCUUCAUGUGUACCUAGCAAAGCCUAGGGAAUACUGGAGUAAUGCCUCUCUAGGAGAUAGCCAGCUCUCUAAGGAAGAAAGGGCUCUGUUUCUCUUAAAGGGUUACGUAGAGGUCUGCCAAGCCUGGCUCGUUGGUUGCUUGCUGAAGACCCUCUGUGUUGUGAGAAUGGUUAUUACCAGGGAAGGUUUUUUCUUUUGUUUUACCUGCCAUCUAGAUGCUGCACAGAAUCUCGCAAAGGAACAGAGCGUCGAUAAGCCAAGCCAAGACCAGCUGAAGUUUAGCCGUCAAGAAGGUUCCGACACUGGCAUCAUGGAGGGUGAAAGCAAUGCUUCUGCUUUGUCUACCUCAGAGCAAAAAUGUGAGAAUUAUGAAGACAAAGACUUAAUAGAAAACCUCUCUAAAAGCAAGAAGCCUAAACUGGACCUAGUGUUUGAGGAAUGGGAUGUAGCUGGUCUUCCAUGGUGGUUUUUAGGCAACCUCAGAAGCAAUUACAAGUCCAGAAGUAAUGGAUCAACAGAUAUUCAGACUAACCAGGACAUAGACACUGCCAUUGUUUCGGAUACUACUGAUGACUUGUGGUUCCUCAACGAAUGCCCGUCAGAUCAGAGCAGUGCUGCAGUCAAGGUGGAAACGCUUGACUGUGAGGAAGUGAAAGAAGGUGACAAAAAGGUGACCGAGGAUGCAUGUUUGCAUGACUUGGAGGAUUCUCAGUGCUUAAGUGAUGACACAGAUACAGAAGCUGCUUCUGAGGACUGCUGGCAAUGCACCAAAUGCAAGAAAUUUAACUCUCCAGGCAAACGGUACUGUUACCGCUGCUGGGCCUUACGGAAGGACUGGUACUCAGAUUGUCCCAAACUGGCUCAUUCUCUUUCUCUGUCCAACAUUGAGGCUAUGCAAAACAAAAAUGAUGAUGAAGGGAUAGAUGUCCCAGACUGCCGAAGGACUAUUUCUGCUCCAGUUGGCCAACCCAAAGACCUGUACGUGGUAGAAAACAAAUCACGUGUAGAUCCCUGCAGCUCUAUUGAAUCUUUGGAUUUGGCACGAGAAUGUGAAAGCAAGGAGUCUCUGUUGCAUUUCACUGAGCAUAAAAAGGAGGAAGAAAUACAGUCUUUAGAGAGUAUAAAAAAAUUACUGAAUCCUUGCUUCUUAUGCCAUCACAGACCACGGGAUGGGAAUAUUGUCCAUGGAAGAACUGCUCACCUUGUGGCCUGUUUCAGGUGUGCAAAGAUGCUGAAGAAAAAGAGAUCACCUUGCCCGGUGUGCAGGAAAGAAAUUGAGAUGGUGAUCAGGAUCUUUAUGGGGUAGUUGUGCCAGUUUGGGCCUUCUCCACCAAAAGGUAGCACCCAGGUUUUCUUGCACUCACACAAACGCUAACUUCAGAGCUCAGCCAGUGAAUACCAAAGAGAAUUAAGCUUCAAACCUGAGCAAGAACACUGAGGAAUUCUCUGCAUUAAAUGAAGCAGCGUCUGCUUUUCGAUAUCCAUUGAAAUUCAAGCCCAUAGGGAGCAGGGAGUGACCGGCACGUUGGUAUCAAUGCCUUAGCUUUGAAAUUGUCUAAAUCUUCUCAUUUCGGUUCAGCGAUGUCACUAGGAUUCUCUGUUCUGACAGCUGGUCCUUGCAGAAAGCAAGUUUUGGAAGGAGUUAACAACUUUGGCUGUUGGAGUGGUGUUCUCCAGUAAGUCAAACCCUGUGCAAUGCCUUCUGAGGGGGGAGUCUGUGUCUGAGACAUAUAUAUGCAGGGGUGGGAAAGGGGGUGGGAGGGAAGGGUAGACCGACGUGUUUGCAAUUUAGAUAAGCCAUUUCUCCAAGAAUCUGUUCUCCUGAGGGCACUGAGAAGUAAAUAACCUGGUUUCUGAAUUAUUUUGGUUUUCUUUAACGUAGGUUUGUUAGAUAAGGUGAAGGUCCUCUUGCUCCCAGACUUGAAAUAAGUCCUCCCAAACUUUUAAUCUGUAGCUGUCUCAGGUCACAUAUCAGAUCGCAAAAGAACAGGGUGUUAUACUUUGUUAUCGGAUCUUUUAAUUUCUGUUGAUUCUUUUUUUCAUUUAAAUACAGUUCUAUGUCACCUUGCAUAGCUUUGAUGAAGCCUGUCCAACGUUAGCUCAGAAUCUGGUCUGCCAGCUGGAUUAACUCAUAACAGCUGUGUGCAUCUUUGGGGAUGUUCUCAUAGCUCUGUGCUUACAGCACUAUUGCAGCUUCUACCUGCCUCAUCUCUUCAGGCCAGUUUAGAUUGCAGAUGCUCACUUUAGAGUGCGAUGUGGCUUUAAAGACAGGAUAUGGGCCUUUGAGUGGAAAAAAAUAAUUCCUGUAAAGCACCAAUUGCAGCUGGUUAGUCCAUGGGCUGUGCUUGGUGUUAGUUUUUUUAAUUUUAAUUUUCUUUCCCUGUGCUUUAACGCUUCAGAUCUGUUUGCCGCAUUUACGUUGUCCUUCAGAGCUAUGCAUGGUUGCUCUACUGGCUGUUAAAACUCAGCUAGAACUUGCAGUUUAAAACCAUCUAACCCUUUUCUGAGAUCAUAUCCUAGAGUGUGCUCAGAUCUUCCUCAGCCUUCCCAUUCUCCAGGGCUUUGGAGGGCCUGCAUCAUGGAGCAGUAGCAAUAGUACCUUCACCUUUCACGUAUACAGCCAUUUGAAUUCAGUACAGUGCGUAGAAUAAACCCUGUUUUGUCAUCAUCUCUGUAAUUCCCCCUCUAGUCUAGGAAGUACACCCGAAGACAAAAAAAAAAAAAAAAAAAAAAAGAUGGUAGUGCUCAUACAGCCCUGCAGCCACACGAGUGGAAGGGCCCAGCAAACUGCGAUGGUCAAAUUUGUUUCCCUGCAAAGAUACCAGAGUAGAUGCUAUAUGCAGAUCCACUUUAUAUUUUUGCAUAGUAUUGCAAUUAUUUCUGUGUUGGCUAUAAUUUAGACUAUUAUUGUUGGCUGUUAUUUACAGUUUUAUUUUAAAAAUUGGAGGACAACCAUCUGGAGUUUUGGUGCACUAUCUGUAAGUCCGUGGGAAUCAAUCCACAUGAAAAGGUGACUUACUGCUCUCUUAACUAAAGAGCUGUUAAAUUGCUGGCGAUGCACUUUAAUCAUGCUAAGAUCAGCAGCGUUACCGCCUGGAAUCACCGAAGGGGGUUCCUGCCGGGUAGUUUCUUUCCUUUUCAGGUAGUUUCUUUCCUUUUCAGGUAGUUUCUUUCCUUUUAAGUGUCUAGAGUUCAACAGGGUGCAUUGUGGCACUUCUGAAUACUGUGAAUUCCCCCUCGCCUCAAUUACGUCUAAGAACAAAAUGUUUUGCUAAAAGCCGUUUUACUGAAUUGUUCAGAUCUGGCUGCACUGAAAAACAUGUAAUUUGUGUUGACCAGAAAAAAAAAAAAGAGUUUAAGUUCCAGUAAUGGGGUUGAAUAGCCCUACCAAAAUCCUGCUGAGAUUUGUGUGCAGCUUCCGUUAUUAAAUGAAAAUUGUUGUCACUGUGGCAGUUUGUGAUAAAAAGCAAAUCUGCACGUUAACUUUCAGUGUAACGAUCUCUGUGACUUCUUGUUCAGUAUAACCGUGGUGUUUACAACAUGCAUUUGCCAAGUUCUUAAUUAUUUUUAACUGAAAUAGUUAGUGGACCUAAGAUACCACAAUGUUACAGUUGAUUUUCCUUCCUAUAGAAGAAUAAGCUAUUGCAGUGCAACCACAUUGUGUGUAGCUGUAACUGCCCAGGUUGUAGCUGGGGCUUGGAGGGAGGAGGGGAGUUUUGGUGCAGGAGAAGGGGAGAAGAAUGUUUUAUUUCUUUAACUUAAGCCUAGGUAUAAACAAGUAGCAACCUACCAAGAACUGCUCUUCUGACACUUUAGGAAAUGCAGACGUGAGAUAUGGAUUGAAGAACGAGCUCAAAGCAUUCAGCUGCAAUACUUACGUUGCAUUGCAGAUGAGAUGUUGGCCAGGCGGUGCUAUUACUUUCCUUUUUACAGAUGUAACAGUUCAUGUGGAGUCCUAAUUCAGAAACCUGUUUUUUGAAGAAGCUGAGCAUUUACCUAAGAUUGGUGUGAACUCAGGUUCUCUGAAUUGUUGUCUCAUAGCGGAUCACGCCACUUCUCUCUUACAGUGGUUUUACUAUUAAGUGCAAUAUGAGAGAAAAGGGCCUUGGUAAUCCUUAGCAGUCAUUGCUGCAUGCCUACUAGGAAAAGUGUUGAGUGCAGCUGUCUUUCGAUGCCCAGACUAAAAAGAUUUAUGUUUCACUGCUUUUUUUCCCUUUGGUGAUAUUGCUUGCUGUUCCUUGAAAACCUACUGAAGUCUCACUAGCACAAGUGUACCUGUAGGUCAGGUUUCAUUUACUAGAUCUCUCAGCCAGAAGUUUUGGCACCAGUUAUCCCUGUGUAGUGCCGUUCAGCACAUUAUAGUGUGAAACCAUAUGUACAUGUAAAGUCUGUAUUGGCAGCCAGAGGUACACACUUUGCAUUUACUCCUGAAAGUCUUUCCAGUUUAAGUCCCUCUUCUCAGUUACUCUCAGCGACUCUCAUUUACUGACAUACCCAGCACAUCAGCCAUUGCUUCAGCUCUCUCUCCAAAAAAAUCUCAACGUCCCUCCUCUGCCAAGAUGUAUUAGCAAGCCAAUUUUACGCUAAACAACACUGCUAUGUGAAUUACAAAGAUAAUUUAGAGCAACCCUCCAGAGUGCUUAUUUUUUUCUGAAUGGUGGGUUUUUUCAAGACAGCUAUGAACCUUCUGCCUUUGUUACACAUUUAUUAUGGUGCAUGACUGCGAUGGAAACCAUAAUGCAGCUUGGCAGGGUCAGCUCCAUCCUUCUAUGUCCAACGUGCUACUGAGAAACUGUCCUUGCAGAGAAGAAGUGGCUGUUGGACAAAUGGAAGUAGAAAUGGAGUAGAAACUGAGCGUCUCAAAGCCCAUCGGGGUAGCUUGCUUUUGCCUGCUCACACUCUGCUUGUUCUGAGCUUUGUCUUCCAGUCCUGGAAGAAAAACCAAAAUGCUCUCACUAGAGGCCUUCAGUGAAGGCUGACCAUGUUGGAAUGUACUGUGAUUAAGUGACUGAAGAAAGAGCUGAGCACGCUGGUCUCCAUUCUGUCUUUGUCCGUAAUCUGAGCAAGGAACUCCCUGAGUCCUGUGCAUGUUCUUUGGCCACCUAGCCAUUGGCAAGGAGCAUCAGGAUCCUUGAAAAGGAGAUACUACGAGGCUGUUCUGUCAAGAGCAAGAAUGAGACCCACAAAUGAUACAGGGGUGACAAGCUGUGCAUUUGGAACAGCUCCGGAAGCAUGGAUGACCUUCAGACAGCAGCUUUUCUGCUCUGGAAAUCCUUCGUUUAUCUGUCCACGAUGGCUGGAAUUUUCCUCGCUCCUUUGAAAACAAGUGAGACUCUGCUUGUGACUACAUGAUAGUGUCUGGCCAGCAAAACAGUCAGCUGUCGCAAGCUGGGUUACACAUCCCAUCAACUUGCUCUCUGCACCUUAUUGUUAUUAAUACAGGCAGCUGUAGUGAUUGCAGUCCUGGGUUUCUGUGCUGUUUUGGCCUGGUAAUGUGCACUUGCUGCCCACACAUCUGCGUGGACACCCCGCGCCUACCACGCUGAGCAAGUGCUUCACCAAGAUUUAGCCACUGAGCUUGCAAUGAUCUUCAGAGUCUCCGACUCCUAGAAGACUCUCAGAAUCAGUCAAACACACAAAGGUAGCAGAAACGCGUACCUCUGGCAAAGAUAAAGUCUUGCUGUUCUGGAAAGAAUGAUUUCCUGAUGGCUCUCCCCAGCACCCAUCCCUGCAGCCUGUUGUUCCCAGAUAGAUUUUUCUUGUUUAGAACAACUCUGCGUCGCAAUGCACACCCACACAGUCACUGCAGUAACAAGCAGGAGUGCUUGCUAAACAUCUGUGUGUUUGCACUAUUUAAAAAAAGGCACGUAUCACAAAAUUGAUGACCUGUUUUUGUGUUCUGAACAUAAUGAAUUUAAUUAAAUUGAGUGCAUUCUAUGAUAAUGUAGGUUUAUUUUUUCAUUUGUACUGCAUUUUGGGAAAAACCUUUAAGUAAAGACCUCUUACCAGUUA